CUUUUUAACCUUUAGCUUUUUUUUUUUUUAAAUUUCAGGUUAAACUGGUUUGAGAACAUUUAGUCCUUGGUUACAGUUGGAGCAUUUCUACUGUUGUUAUAGUUAAUACUGGCUUCUGAAUAAUUUAAUCUGUUUAUGGUCGUUUGCUCAUUUCUUAAUCAGUCAGCUGAUUGACUGAUUGACUGCUUUUUGAUUAGUAUUUUUUCACAUGUGGUUAUUCAGCUCACAGAUGAAGAGUAAUGAAUGCACUUGAAAUCUGUGUUGUUGUUUUUUUUUUGUUUUGUUUUUUUCAUCAGAGCCUCAUUUUCACUUUACAGAGCCCUCUGGUGGUUUGAUCAGAAAAACUUGUUAAUGCUGGGAGGUCCGUGGUGAACAUUAUCCUGGUGGUUCAGUCAUUUUGUGGGAGCGUCUCCCACUUAAGUUUCAGUUUUAUUUCGUAGGCUCAGGGGCUGCAGAGAGGACUUCUUCUCCGAAUGAAGAGGAACUGCUUGAUUAUUAGUGAUGAUGAAGACGACGACGAAGAAGAUAGGGACAGGAGAAAUAGCCUGAGGAAAAAAAAGAGAGUCAGAUAUAUCGAAGAUGAUGAAGAUGUGGAAGAGGAGGACGACGACGAUGAGGAGGAGGAAGAAGAAGAGGAGGAGGAAGAUUGGGAAGACAGUGAAAAGCCAGCCUCAUCUACCACUCACAACCAAGGGGCACCAGAAAAUAGACUUUUGCCUGUAACCUGUGGAAACAAAAAAGGCACCCUGGAUGUACAAAAACUGGGCAGGGGUGAGGAAUGUAUUUUGUGUGAGGGCCGCUGGUUUGCUCCCUCUGCCUUUGAGGGCUUUGGGGGAAAAGGCUCGAGUAAAAAAUGGAAAGCAACAAUUUUCCACAAAGAGAAACCUCUGCAGAUUUUGUUUCAGAAAGGGAUAUUAACCACUAAACGAUUUAAAAGAGGAAGUGCAUCUACAAAGCCAAAGAAAAUCCUACCAUCAAAUCAAGACUCAGAGAGCCCCUCUGAAGCCUCAGCAAUACAGAACGCUGAAGAAACUGAGGAAGAUGAUGUUAAAGAUGACGACUGGUGUCCAAGCAUUGAAGAACUGGCCGUAGAGACAGAGGAGGGAAAGGAAGAAAGCGUAGGGGCUGAAAAUAAAGAAGAGGUUGUAGACUCAGGAGAUGACAAGAGUAAAGAAGAAGAUAAGAUGGAAAAGGGAGAAAUGGAAAAUGAGGAUUUCCCUACUUUUACCGAUAACGACUAUGACAGCAGUGUUUUUGAAGAGAGGGAGAGAGAUUUGAACAUUUCAGCAUCUAUGAAAAAUGUGUUGCAGACAGUGAAAAUUGUCCUCCCGAGGCUCCGAGAGACUCUGUUUCAGACCAAGAGUGAUCAUCAGUACAAAUGCACUGAGCCUGCAGAAGAAGACAGUUGGUCUAAGCCACUGGAUGAGGACACACAGAGUGAAGAGGAACGACAGCACAACGGUUCGGCAGUAGAUGACUUCUCCGUCGCAACAGCCACACACACCCAUCCCUUGCAGAUGCCAGACGUCCCACCCACAGUUGGAGAAGUUCAGGAAGAAAAUGGAGAGAUGGGAAAUGAUGAAAGGAAAGAUGGACAGACAGAAAUGAAAGCUGAACACAGAAAUUCACCAAGACCUCAAUCUGCACCAGCUACCUCGUCACCAGACAUCAGACCUGACACUGGAUCAAUCAGCGAUCACACUGCCAACUUCAGAAACUCCCCUGUGCUGUUAGGCGCCACUAAAGCUGAAGGGGAGGAGAGAGAAGAUGAAGCGUUGGAAAUGACGCAUUGUACAAAAAAGGAGACAGAACCAAAGAGAAAUGAGCAUCUUGAUGAGUCAAACUCUGAAACCAGCUUUCAAACUGGCAACACAGAUGUGACCACAAACAUAAAAGUCACACAGUGGGGUAUUAAGUAUGAAAGCACAGAGGCAGUGGGACCUCCAACUAAACUUCACAGUGCGCCAGUUGAGUGCAAAUAUGAAAACCUGGGUUGUACAGAUGCCAUAACCUAUGACUACGAUGCUGCACAAUUACAAGAUGUGAGGCUAGAGACAAGGGAACUCCAAACAGCCCAAACGUCAGACAGCACUUAUUCCUCAGACAUGGAAGAGGGUCCGUCUAUCAGCAUUAAUCCAGAUACAAUGGAGCUUAAUCAGUUAAAGAGAGAGAAAAUAAAAAUGCAACUGAAAGUCUUAAAAUUACAAGAGGAAUAUUACACUCUGAAAAUAAAUGAACUCAAAAAGUGAAAUUAUUAGAGUGGAGAUAAGACCUGGCAAAGCAAUUACAUAGAAAUCUCAGAGGGUGUUUACUGCUAUACCUCAAAAGAAUGUUGCAGGAAAAACAUGUUACAUUAUUUUAAUCUGUUUAGAAAAAUGACUCUGUACUGUCUGUUAAGAAGCUGUCAGCUGUGGGUAUGAAUGCAUCAGCAUUGAAAUGGUUUGCAAGUUU